AUGACACUGAAAGUUUUAUAUCUUUAUGAAUCUUUAGAUACAAUAAUAUCUCCAUUUUUUAUCAAGCAGGUUGAAGAGAGAGCAGAGCUUCUGUUUUCUGAAGUAUUAAAUGCUAUUAGUAAAAUUGCAGUGAAAGGUUUUAGGCGUCGAAUUGGUGAACUCAAAGAAAUGCUGCAAAGAGAGAAAGUGGAAUUUGAGGAGAAUAUGCAAAGGAUGUUGCACAGGGAGGUGAAGGAAGGCCAACCUCUUGUGGACAUUCUUGAGCUAUACCGGCUUCGCAGACAACUGAUAUUUCAGUCAUAUAUGUGGGAUAAUCGCUUGAUUAAUGCAUCAACUUUACAGAACCUUGAGAGUAGUGAUGACACAAAGUGA